AUGCAGACCAUAAAGUGUGUGGUGGUUGGUGAUGGUGCUGUGGGAAAGACCUGUCUCUUGAUCUCCUACACCACCAAUAAGUUUCCCUCAGAAUAUGUACCCACGGUAUUUGAUAAUUAUGCCGUGACGGUGAUGAUUGGAGGAGAGCCAUACACUCUGGGCUUGUUUGACACUGCAGGUCAGGAAGACUAUGACAGGUUGCGGCCACUCAGUUACCCUCAGACUGAUGUCUUCCUGGUGUGUUUCUCCGUUGUUUCCCCCUCAUCGUUCGAAAAUGUCAGGGAGAAGUGGGUGCCAGAAAUCUCUCAUCACUGUCCCCGUACACCCUUCCUCUUGGUUGGGACGCAGGUGGACUUGAGAGAUGACAUUAACACUGUGGAGAAACUGGCAAAGAACAAACAGCGCCCACUGUCAAUCGAGAGCGGAGAGAAACUGGCACGAGAGCUAAGAGCUGUCAAAUACGUGGAAUGCUCCGCCCUCACACAGAGGGGUCUGAAGAAUGUCUUUGAUGAGGCUAUUUUGGCUGCUCUGGAGCCCCCAGAAACCAAAUCCAAGAAACGCUGCAUUCUUUUAUAGAAAGAGAGAGAGAGAUGUGUGAAAGAGCAUGGACCAUUGCAGAGGUGGUUUAAGUUGGAAAAAAAAAAGGAACAAGACAGACGGACAGACAGAGAAGAAGAGAUUUCAACCUGCUCAUGUGUGCAGUGCCUUUACUAAUUUAAAUAAGAGACUGGAUUGUUUGUGUGGUAACAGCCCAUUCAUCUCCUCAUUGUUAAACAACUCAUCUCUCAUCAAACUAGACUUAGGAAAGAAAAGGGGCGGGGUGGAGAGCUUAUUAACCCUUUAAAGCCUUAAAAAAGACCCAGCGAUCUAGCCAAAUGAGCGUGACUGCUGAGUUUUAAUUGGUUGCUGUAACUAAUACAGACAUGGCUAGUUGGGAGUGAGUAAUGCUAGCAUGCAUGCAUAGUUUUUCUGUCUGCUGUCCGUCUGUUAUUGGGACAACUACAGAUCAAAAAA